AUGUCAGAUCCAAUAUUUUCUCUCGCUCGCGGUGCUGCCGCAGAGUUGGCGCGGCCGCAGGGCGAUGCUGACCCCCUCGACGAGUUCGCAGUCGCCAGGGCCGUUUCCGCUGCAGCCGAGCCGGCCAAUAACUCAUUCAGAAAAUGGGUGGGCCGGUCUCGGCAAGCUGCAGGGCUCAGGGCGGCGGAGCGCGAACGCCGCGUGUCUGCCCAGGUCAGGAAGGCCAACGAUCGUGCUGUGCGGCAGGUGGACCUCAUCAAGGUUCCUGGAUGUCGGACGCAGCGGGGACUGAAAGGCAGUGGGGCACAUCGGCGGUGGACUGCCAAAGCGGUGCUUUGCACCGCUUUCGGGAAGAUGCACGCGCAGUGGCGCCAGCGCAUCAAGGCAGCGCGAGCGGGCCGCAAGCGGAAGGCCCGGAGCAGGCUUACGUCAGCAGUGGCGUCUUCCGCUCGGGCGGCAGCUGCGACCGCGGAUGGAUCCCAUGGGCAUGUCCAGCGAGUGCGCGACGCAGUCAGCCAUCUCCUCAUGACAGGCCAGCGCCAGGGCAUCUCUCAAAUGCUCCAGCUGCGACCGUCGUUCGCUGUGCUCGAGGUGAGGUUCGAUGAAACCCACCACGAGAUGAAAGUGCCCAGGUGUUCCGAACACGACAGCGGUGUUAGUUACGAAGCUGGGCAUUACCCCUUUGUUAUUAUCAAGGGUUCGUUAUCAUGGUCCCCGCAGGGAUCUCGCCAGAUCGCCCGCCAAGAAUUGGUGAUAAGUCCAAUUGCUUUGUCCGAGAGCUGCACUGCAGAGAGCAUGUGGGCCGCGCUGCGCAACCGUCUGCCCGUUUCGCCUGGCGGACUAUCCGCAUCUUGCGAUUUAGUCGCGCUUUUAUGCGCGCAUGACAGUCAUUCUGCGAAUUUCAAGCUGCUGCGAGGGCUAAUUGACGUGGUGCCCGAAAACGUCGUUGUCUUGAGUUCCCGAUGCGGCAUGCAUCAACUCCAAUUGACGCUGAGCCUGAUGUACACGAACCCUUCGCUUGAUUUUCACGGCUCUUUAUUUGGCUUGUGCAAGCUAUUGCACCACGGCGUCAUAAUGAAGCGGCUCCGGGAGUUACUCCAUGCUGUACUCGACAGAAAGUUCAAGGUCGUUUACGCCCCUGUCGACCCUUUUGCGCAGGCAUGGGCUUGGCAAGUGCUUGAUCUCUGCUACAUCCGAGGCGCUUUGGAAGACGAGGACGAGGAAACCUUGCAAGCUGCUUCUGUGUCUUACAGGGAGAAGGAAGCCCGCGAAUUCGCUCGGGUCUUCAAUGGCAACUGGCAGGACACACGCCCGGGCCACACUGUGCAUCAUUGCAGCAUGGACUGCGAUUGCGUCUCUGAGCGCGACUCGCUGGACAGAGCGCAUGCGCAGUUAGAUAAACUGAUUCUCAAUGGCCUCCCAGAGCUCGUUGCGUACAAUAAGUGGACAAAGUACCAGGAACCGACGCGCAAGGUCGCACUUGCUCUUGCGUUCCAUGGAAUUUUUGCUGAUGCUUUUGCAAUGCUUGCGUCCGAGGCCGCAGACGAGCUGUCGGCGGUGAAGGACGACCAGCGCCAGGAUAUCCCAGGGCUUCGCACGUCCGAAGAGUUCCUCCGGCUGAAGCGCACCCGCUUCAACCACGCAGCUUCCUUCGUGACGUCCCCCCAGUCCCUCCCGAAGAUGCUCCACUGUCUCGGGAGCGUGGGGUUGGCAGACCCGUUGGCGAGGAUGUACUUCCACCAGUCGUCCGACGACAUGCAGCAUUUGCGUCCAGACUGGCAGGCGGGAGUGCUCAGUCCUAUAGAAGAUUUGGCGAACCGAGAGUAUUCCCCCGCGAUGAGGUGUCUAGACGUUCACACGAGAGCGAUGUUGACGUUGCGGGAGAGACCACCACCCAUGUCCUCUGCAAUGCCGUGGUCUUUGCUGGCGAACACAAAGACCGUCGAGUGGCUGGAGGAUCGAGACGGGAUUUGGUCCUGGCGGGCGUCUUGCGGCAGAUCGGCCAUAUAUGGCAUCGGCUGGUUUUGCAUUACUCCCGCUGGCCAUGGCGGCUCGCCGCCGUCGUGGACGCGCGCGUGCCUGAGGCCGAGCAGGCGUCCAUCGCAUGCGAGUUUUUCCAUGCGAAGCCGUGCUGCAUGGGCGCCGGCCUCUUGCCAUUGCAGCGCCGCUUGCAGUCCUCUUCAGAUAUACUGUCCGCCGUGA